AAUAAAAAUAAAUUAAAUGUAAAAAAAUAAAAUGCCCCCUGAAGGAGAAUGCAGGGCGUGGAGCAAGGAGAAUGGAGGAAAAGGCUGCAGGUGUCUAGGUGGCCAUGACGUGUGGCUCACAGUGGACUCGUGCCCGCAGGGAGGAUGCAGGGGAGACGGGGGACAUCUACAUCUGGGGCUGGAACGAGUCGGGGCAGCUGGCCCUGCCCACCAGGGGGCUGGCGGAGGACAGAGAGACAGUCGCAGGGGAAGAAGCCACUGCACUGAGGGAAGACGGUUCUGAGGUCAAGGGACCAGCGGGGACUGAGGAUGGAGCUGCCGCCCCCUUCAUCGCCGUGCAGCCCUUCCCGGCGUUACUGGACCUGCCCCUGGGCUCGGACGCGGUCACAGCCAGCUGCGGGUCCCGGCACACGGCCGUGGUGACGAGGACCGGGGAGCUCUACACCUGGGGCUGGGGGCAUCCCAGGCUGCUGACCAGGACUGUGGCCGAGACCCCGGAGCACAAGCAGGUCUCCGGGCGGCUGCUGCACCGGCAGAUCAAGGGCAGAUGUUGAGUCCCUGGAGCAGGUGUCGCUCGGCCCCCAGCGCACACGCACACCAGCAAGCCUGAG